CGACGCGACGGUGACCGGGACGCGCCAGCCCAUUUUACACAACCUAAUUACGAUACUUACAGAAUCCGAUUCUUCUGAGAAGACCACUGAUUUUCCACUCUGCUCUGUGUUCGUUGAAACUCCCCGGAGGCGAUUAUUAAUGGCCGACAAUAACCCUCAACGAUUCAGCAACGGAUUGGAAAUCGCGAAUUUAAUCGCGACUUCAGAUUUGCUCGAUCAUUCAUGGAAGGCGAUUACGAAGCUUCGUACUGUAAUUACUGCCGAUGAAUCGAAGUGUUUGGCCUUUUUUGGACAUUACAAUGAGCGAUCGAACUGUAAGAUCCUCGCGUUUGUCACUACUCCGAACUGUUCGGAAAAUCCACUUGAAGAAGAAGGAGGAGAAGACCUGGUUUCGCUUUCGGAUCUCAAGGAUGAGUUUACUGCGUUUGAGUUUCUUUACUCCGAAAGCUGCUCGGAUUCCGCCAUUAAUGGAGCUGCGCUCGACCUCUUUGGGCGUUUCUAUCCUGUCUACGAACAAGAGAUUUCAAGGCUGAAAUCCAAUCCGAAGACCCAAUUAAUAAUUACAGGACAUGGUUUAGGAGGAUCUGUUGCUUCUCUCUUCACUCUAUUGCUUCUUGACUCCAUAGAUCUCACCAAGGCCAAACGCCCUCUCUGUAUAACAUUUGGUUCCCCUCUAUUAGGCAAUGAGGCCCUUCAAAGCGCCAUUUCACAGUUCUCAACAUGGUCUUCUUGCUUCCUUCAUGUUGUCUCCAACCGUGACCCUCUUCCUACAAGCCUUUUGAACAACAAAGCUUACUAUCCCUUUGGUACUUUCUUAUUCUGCUCCGAAUCCGGUGGUUGUUCUUGUUUCGAAGACCCGAAAUCGACCUCGAAACUGUUAGAGGCAACCAAAGCUAAUACUCAUCUUACUGCCUCUUCCUUCUUUGAUUAUAAAGAAACAAUUCAUCGUUUGAUAGACCAGGCAAAUCUCAAGGCUACCACAAGGUUGAUCACAGAGAAUUCAGAGUCCUGGCCAGCAAGCUUUAUAGCACAACUUGAAGCCAUCGGAGUUGUUCCCGAUCAAGCGCAGCAGCAGCAACAGAGAGCAGUAGAUGUUAGAAGGCUCGCUAUGGCACUGCAAGGCAACGAGAUGAACAUGAUAUUCGAAAAGACAAACCCUUUUGCCAAGACUUUAAAUGACGUGAAAAUAAACAUGGCAAAACUAGAAUGGUACAAGAAGAAGUGUAACUCAGAGAGUAUCGGUUACUACGACAGCUACAAGAACGGAAGGACCGAACCCGACAUAAAAGUGGCCGAGUUCAAGAAGAUCCUACUAGUUUACUGGGAAAACAAGGUAGAGGAGGCAGAGAGGAAGCCAGUUAAGGAGGGGAGUCCACUGAACGUACGAUUGUUGUUCGGAGGGACGAACUAUCGACGAAUGGUCGAACCGCUCGACAUCGCCGAACACUACCGAAAGGGGUUGAAGAACUACAAAGCUCAUAGGCCAAAGCAUUACAGGAAGCUGGAAGAAUGGUACAAUGAGUCCAUGACUCCUGAGUCUAGCUCAACGCAAAGAGAAUCUGUUUCUUCCAUACUUACUGUGGAUUCUUUGUUUUGGGCACAUGUGGAGGAGGCUGUUGUGGCAUGCCAAGUGCUGAGAAUGGUGGAUAGCAGUGCAGAAGAGAAGGAAGCAGAGUUAGCUAAGCUUAAGGAAUUUGAGGAAUAUGUAGUGGAAUUGAUGAAGAACUAUGGGGUUUCUUCUGAGAUUUUCUUGCCGCAGAGCAGCUUCAUGAGAUGGUGGGAUGAAUAUGAUGGGAUCGUGGGAGAUGGCCAUGACUCUGUCCUCACGAUGUUGAUGAGGAAUGAGGAGUAUAAAGAGUAUGCCAAUGGGAGGUUAGAUAUCCCUUAACUCACUUCUUCAUAUGUUUAGCCAUUAAUUUUGUCAUUGGAAGCUUAUAUCUACUUUGUUUCAUAAAUAAGGAAGCUUUCGGCAUAUCAAUGGAAGAUUCGUGGUACGUUGUACGUUAGAAAUCACGAAAUCUUUUCAUAGUAGUAUGAUAUUGUCCACUACAAAUCUCAUACUAAUAGAGAUGUACACUAUA